AGCUAUCGGAAUUCUGCGUACGAACUCAGCCUCGAUUCUCGACUUCCACAUUCCCCCAAUAUCGACUGCCCUCAAAAGGCGAGAACUCACCAUGAAUAGGCCAGGACCGGGUCCGCAACCCCUACGAGCAAUGUCAGGGUUCCCCGCACAGCAACAGACUCAAGCUCGAAAUGCGACGUUGGCGUCAUCACGCUUGCCCAACGGUAAAAUUAGCAGCGGAGCGAACUGGAAUUUCAACCUACCCGUGAGUGGAACACCGGGGAUACAGGGUAACCAGCAACGUAACAUCGGAACAAUGGGGACUUUUGCGCAGAGCCUCAGCGGGUCGCAACCAGCUACACCACUGGAUUUAUCCGACUUUCCUUCAUUAUCCGGAGCUCCUUCGCAGUCGCAAACACAGAGUCCAGCGCAUCUAGUAUGGGCGAAUGCCAGCCAACGUGGCGUGCAACAGACUCCUGUCCAAAGACAGCAGCACCCCACCUCGCAAGCCCCUUCGCGAGGGCCGCAAACACAAACUCAACUUGCACAACAGCAAAAUCAAUCGUCGCACGAUGAUGUAUUCCCGUCGGGAUCUCAGUUUGCCAAUCGGUUAGACGACUACAGGAAUGGUGGCCAGGGAAUCAGUGGUCAGUUGAGCGGUGGUGCGCAACCGCAGACGGGGAACAUUGAGGAAUUCCCUCCUCUUGGCCGGAAUAUGCCUGCCGAUAUUGGCCAGGAUCGCAGGAGUUCAUUAAUGCAAGGUGCCGGGUUCGGUGCGUUCAAUACCAACUUGCCCUUCACUGGCGUCAAUCAAAACCAGGCACAGAAUCGAAACGUGAUGGGAAACUCGAUCAGCGGCCAAGAACGGAUAGCUUCACCGGGAGUAACGAACUCAUCAGGAAUUGCGUCGUCACGGUCGCCAGUCAAUCAUCAGACAGCUAAUGGUAUUCCAGGACUGGAAAAAGAGGACGCCAAUAAUGCCGGGGUAUCAAGCCAGCAACAGUCGAUACCCGCGGCCCCAGGACUUAGCCGGCCGUCACAGGACACCGGAACCGAGCAACAGCCUUUAACGGAGUUGAGCGAGUUGGAUAAGUUUGGGCUAGCGGGCCUCCUUCGGAUGAUUCAUAGUGAUAGUGCCGACGUCGCUAGCCUCGCGAUCGGACAGGAUCUAAUGACAUUGGGGUUAGAUCUAAACCAGCCGGACAUGCCUAGAGACGUCAUGCAAGAGGUUGCUGCAGAAGAGCUCAUGGGUCGGAAAUGGCGCUAUCACAAGAUCGAGCGAUGCUGGUUAACGCGGGACGACUCAUACCCUGGCCCUGUGGAUGUGGAACGGGGUGUCAGCGAGCGGGGUGUCUACUUAAUAUGGGACCCCGCAACGUGGAAGAAAGUCAGGCGCGAAUUUAUCCUUCGCUACGAGGACCUGGAUAACCGAAUGGAUCCAAACCGAACAUUGUCGCGAGUCGCAUUUCCGCAGCAUGGGUCAUAA